UCUCCACACAACAUAAGCUAAUUACAAAUAAGGUGAAAACUUGUUAACCCCGCCGGGAAACAUACAUCUAAAACAGAUCGACUUUUAAUUUCCAACACAAUGAAUAUAGUCUUUUACUAUGGUCUUGUGAGCUUUUUUAUUGCCUUCAUCCUUGGCACCACAACUGGCACUUCUCUUCAACUUCCCAUCAUCUCCAUAAUAUUAUUCAUACUGUUUUGCUACCACCUACUCACUAGAACCCCUUCUGUGUAUCUCAUUGAGUUUGCCUGCUUCAAACCUCCGGACAAUUACCGAGUCCCCUUAGCCACCUUCAUGGAGCACGCCCAAAUCCUCUUUUCUAACAAUCCUAAGAGUGUUGCCUUUCAGAAACAAAUCAUGGAACGUUCUGGGAUUGGAGAGCGGACUUGCCUUCCACUCCCCCUACAUUACAUCCCUAUUAAUGCUAUGACCUUGAAGUUGCCCAUGGAAGAAGCUGAGUUGGUCAUUUUCUCAGCCAUGGACAAUCUUCUCGCUAAGACAGGCAUCGAUGUGAACGAAAUCGAUAUGCUUAUAGUUAACUGUGGAGUGUUCUCUCCCACUCCUUCCAUCUCUUCCAUGGUGGUUAACAAGUACAAGCUCAAGAAUGACAUCAAGACCUUCAAUCUCUCCGGGAUGGGUUGUAGCGCGGGCCUCAUAUCCCUCGAUUUGGCCCGAGAUUUGCUUCUUACGUACCCGAACUCGAAAGCCAUUGUUAUAAGCACAGAGAUUGUCACACAAUGCUCAUAUGUGGGCAAAGAAAGAUCCAAGCUUCUCCCAAACUGUCUGUUCAGGAUGGGAGGAGCAGCGGUUCUGUUGUCAAACCACUGGCGAGACCGCAGUCUGGCCAAGUAUCGGCUUCUUCACGUUGUGAGAACACACAUGGGACAAACAGAUGAUGCCUUCAAAUGCAUAGUCCAGGAGGAAGAUCCGGAAGGUUUCGUAGGGAUAAACCUGAGCAGGGACCUGCCGGAGGUCGCCGCGAAGGCCAUGAAAACAAACAUAACCGCCGCAAGUCCUCUUCUUCUACCCGUGUCUGAGAAAAUACGCUACUUCUUCUCCCUUAUAGCAACCAAGCUCUUCAAGAAACCCGCCUUCGUUCCCAAUUACAGACGGGCUGUGGACCACUUUUGCAUCCACGCGGGUGGGCGAGCCGUCAUAGAUAGUGUGCAGAAGAAACUAGACCUCUCUGACGAGAAUGUGGAGCCGUCAAGGAUGACGUUACACCGGUUCGGGAACACGUCAUCGUCUUCAUUAUGGUACGAGUUGAGUUACAUUGAGGCGAAAGGGAAAAUGAAAAAAGGGGACAAAGUAUGGCAGAUUGGGUUUGGGAGCGGGUUUAAGUGCAACAGUGCUAUUUGGAAGUGCAUUCGGACCAUAAAGUCACCCGUGCCAGGCAGUCCGUGGGCUGACUGUAUUCACCAAUACCCGGUUUAAUUGUAUAUAUUGUAGGGCAUAAGUUAAUAAAAUGGGCCUAACAUGCUUACACACAUGUGUGUGUGUCCGCUAUAGUCGUACAUGUAACAUACAAAUUAUAAUAUUGUAUUGAUAAAGUGUUUAUUCGCAAUUAUUUAACUGUUAUAUGUGGUCCACAUUUUCUUGUUGGAUUGGAUUAAAGUAAUAUCUUCCACAUACUAUCAA